AUGGGGUUCCCGUGCUUAUGUGUUUUCGCUUUCGUCUUGGCGUGGAUAUCAGAUACCAUCGCCUUAAGAGACGUGCAGCUGAUAGCGCCAUCUGCCGUAAAACUCGGCGACACAGUACUCCUCGGUUGCAAAUGGACUUUGGAAGGCAACGAAACUUUGUACAGCGUAAAAUGGUACAGGGGAAGGCAGGAAUUCUUCAGCUAUUUACCUAAAGAAUAUCCCUUCACGAGGAUCUUCGCGCAGCCUGGUAUAGACGUAGACGUGUCAAGGUCGACGUCCCAGCAGGUCGUGCUACGCGAUGCGACGCGAGCUCUCGCCGGCAGGUACCGCUGUGAGGUGUCAGCCGACGCACCCUCAUUCCACACUCAAGUCCGCUCCGCGUAUAUCCACGUUGUUGAAUUACCUCCAGAGAAGCCGAUCAUCAAAGCUGAGAAAGGCUGGUAUGCGUCUGGAGAUUCUCUACGAGCGCAAUGUUCGUCUCCGCCGGCAGAUCCUCCAGCGAAUCUUACCUGGUUGUUAAACGGAAGAGAUAUCCAAGGCAAGCCUGUAAUUCAACAGAGAAUCCUGCCCAGCCCAGUAGUUCUAAUUCCUUCGAUAGACACGCCACAGUCUUCCAGAAAUCUUCCAGCUGGGGAAGAAAACACUAACAUUAUAUUCAGUCCAUGGAAAGCGUUUGGUCCUUUUGUGGAUACUAUACAGGAUGGCGAGUUGCUGCCAAGUCAAGACAGCGUCGUAUUACCGACGCCUCGUCACUCUGACAUUUCCUUUGACGACGACACCGGAGAUCAAAUACCCACUACACAAACUUCGAAUAAGGUGGCGUCAAUAAGCCAGCUGUCGUUCAUGGUUAGACCGGAUAGCUUCGAGCGAGGCCAGCUACGGUUGACCUGCAUAUCCAGCGUCCACUCCGUCUACAGCGAGCAGGCGGAGCUGGUCAUCAAUGAGGAACGGCCGCAGAUAGCUUCUGUACUUGGCACUAGAGACAGCGCUGGAGGUCCAGCGUCCGCAUCGUCCGUACUCAUCUCGUUUUGCUGCGUCACCAUCACUACAAGUAGCUUAUGGCACGUUCUGCGAUGAUGUCUGGCUUCGGACCGAGCCCUUUGAGUGGCGCUCAAGAAAG